AUGUUGAUUUUUGUAGUAAUUUCUUCAAUUUUCAUCAAUUUUACUUACGCUGCGAGAUGUUCUCUUGGUCCUGAUGGUUUGUGCACUUUUUAUGGCGUUGUCACACUAAAUGGGCUUUUCAAUCCAACCGCGGAUGAUCCUGAUGCUGUUAUCACGAUAAAAUUUGAGAACUCCCGAAUGAGCGUUUUAUCAAGCGAAAUUUGUGACACAUUCAAAAAUUUGAAGAGAUUGGAACUGAAAGACUUGUCCAUGGAGAAAAUUGAGAAAGGAGCUCUCGAUGCGUGUUCCGAACUUCACACAAUUGGCUUUUGGGUGAACAAAAUCAACGAAAUUGACGAAGAUACUUUCUUGUAUAAUUCAAAUUUGGAAGCUAUUCACUUCCAAAAUAAUCGCGUGGAACAACUUGAGCCGCAAACCUUCACGCAUCUGAAGAAAUUAUCAAUUUUGGACUUUAGCGAGAACAGACUAACGGGAUUUCCGGUAUUCAAAAUGGAUCGCAUUCCGUCGUUGCGGAAAUUGUUUCUCGACACGAACGAAAUAACGGAUUUGGAUGAGCAGGAAUUGACGCAAAAGUUUCCGAAUUUGGAGGUUAUUUACUUGAAUGACAAUCCGUUCGAUUGUUCGCGACUCCGAGCCGUUUUGGAACACUUGCGAGCGGCUAAAGUUCAAGUGACGCGCUGGGAUCCACAAUACCGCCAUUAUGGCCUUAUCAAUCAAGGACCUGCCGAUUGUUCGGACAAUACAAAAAUCGCCGCGAUCAAAGACGAGACAAUGUGGAUUCGAAAACAAGCCAAAAUCGUGAAUGCCAGCUUGAAUCAAGAUUUGGCAAGAGUUCGACAGAAAACGGUAGAAAAUCACGUAAAUUUGGUUGAAUUAGACAAAAAUUUCAAUGAAACCGCUAAAGAUCUCUCGAAAGGCAUCAAUCACACACAAACCGAGCUGGCAACGACAAAUCGACAAGUGGCGGGAAUGAAACGAGAUUUUCAAAAGUUUAAGCGCGAAGAGACGGAUCGCGACAAUAAAAUCAUGAAAAAUGUGUCGACACUCGAGACAAAGGUGAAAAAUUUACAAGGACAAGUCGAUAAGAAUCAAGCAGCAUUGAGCGAGACAAUGGAGGCAAUUCAGAAUGCGAUGACGGCAUUAACGGAGCAACUGGAAAAAAUUAAGACAAAAAUAUGUCUCAGGGCCACAUGGAUAUUUUUAAUCAUAUCUCUGCUAAACAAGUUUGUAAUUGCUAAAACAUCCGAAACACGCGUAGUAUGCUACUACACAAAUUGGAGCGUUUAUCGCGCCGGAUCUGCGAAAUUCACGCCGCAGAACAUCAAUCCUUACCUUUGCACGCAUUUAAUUUACGCCUUUGGCGGCUUCACGAAAGAUGCCACGAUGAAGCCCUUCGACAAGUACCAGGACAUCGAUAAGGGUGGAUAUGCCAAAUUUACGGGACUCAAAACGUACAACAAGCAUUUGAAGGUGAUGAUCGCCAUCGGCGGAUGGAACGAAGGCUCCAGCCGGUUCUCGUCGUUGAGCGCAAAUGCCGACAAACGCAAGGAAUUCGCUAAAAAUGUCGUAAAAUUCCUGCGACAAAACAACUUUGACGGUCUCGACUUGGAUUGGGAAUACCCAGCAGCACGUGAAGGCGGCAAAUCACGAGACAAGGAAAAUUAUGCGUUACUUGUGCAGGAAUUACGUGAGGAAUUCGAUCGGGAAGCAUCAAAAACGGGCAGAAGUCGACUUUUGUUGACAAUGGCAGCGCCUGCAGGCACAAAUUACAUCGAAAAAGGCUACAAUAUCCCAAAAUUGAACAAAUAUUUGGAUUGGUUCAACAUUUUGAGCUACGAUUUCCAUAGUUCGCAUGAGCCGCAAGUCAAUCAUCAUGCACCGUUGUACAGUUUGGACGAAGAAUCGGAAUAUAAUUAUGAUGCAGAGCUAAAUAUUGAUCAUAGCAUCAAAUAUUACCUGAAAGCAGGAGCAGAUCCCGAUAAAAUUGUCCUUGGUAUUCCCACGUAUGGCCGUUCUUACACAUUGGUUAAUCCAGAAUCAACCGAUAUUGGCUCUCCAGCUGAUGAACCGGGAGAAAAAGGAGAAUUUACAAAAGAAAAGGGUUAUUUAGCUUAUUAUGAGAUUUGUCAACGCAUUAAAGAGGAAGAUUGGACCGUAGUUGAUGUCGAUCCGAAUGCCGUUGGGCCCUAUGCUUACAAAGACGAUCAAUGGGUUGGUUAUGACGAUGAAGCGAUCGCCCGUAAAAAAUCCGAAUACGUCGCAAAACUAGGACUUGGCGGAAUUAUGUUUUGGUCCAUUGACAACGACGAUUUCCGCGGCGAAUGUCACGGAAAGCCUUUCCCCAUCAUUGAAGCUGCAAAAGAAGCUCUUCUCAAUGCCUUGGGAAUUUCCGAGAUUUCGUAUCCAGAUGAGCCAGAAGCACCAAAAUCGGCCAAAAAUAAGGGAGUUGUGAGACAAAAACCCACAAAACCGACAAAAUUGGAGCCGGAAGACUUGAAAGUUGGAGCAGUUGAAUCGGGAAAACCUACGCCAUUCAAGGCAAGUCCAACCACGAGAACAAGAAGUGGUCAAGCGAAAACGACAGCGAGCUCUGGGAAAGUUAGUACAAGAACGACGCCUGCUCCUCCAACGACUCCAAGCUCUGAAGGAGACUUCAAAUGUGAGGACGAAGGAUUCUUCCCGCAUCCAAAAGAUUGCAAAAAAUAUUAUUGGUGUCUCGAUGGCGGCGCAUCAGGCUUGGGAUUAGUUGCGCAUCAGUUUACAUGUCCUUCUGGCUUGUAUUUCAAUCCAGCAGCUGACUCGUGUGAUUACACAAGGAACGUUUUGUGCAAAAAGACGACGACAACAACUUCUACAACGACGGAAGCUCCUACCACAACAACUUUCGCCAACGUCGCCCGAACGACAUCUCGUGUGUCCCUUCGUUCAACUACAGGACGUCCUACAACAACAGCUCGUACAACCACUACUCCCGCUUCUGUCAUCUUAAAAGACGAAGACACCGAUGGCGAAGAAGAUCCCCAAAUCAUCAAAGAAUUGAUCAGUUUAAUCAAAAAAGCUGGCGGCUUGGAGCAACUCGAGAAACACUUCUCCUUCAACGGCGAAAAGGAACUCAGUGCCGACCCAACUGUCGCUACUUUAUCCAAAAAUAAGUCUUUGUAUCAACGAGUUUUGAACAAAGCCCUUGCCUUAAACUCAAAUCGCCGCGACAAAAUUGAUGACGAAAUCACAAAAGUUGCUGUUCGUUCAACGACUCCAACGUACCGAACGGUAAGCAGAGCUUCCGUAUCGACAACUACAACAACAACAACUACCGAAAAACCGUCUGGCAAGAAGGAAUAUUCGAGCGUAAAUCGCAAUAGUCGCCCACGUCCCCAAAAUGACGGCAUCGAAAAGUUACCCGAGUACGAAAACAGCUUCAAAGAAAAGCCGAAAUACAUCACUUUGGUACGAAAUCGCGGUCCAAACUUGAAUUCGCAAGUUGACGAAGACGAAGAAGAGGAAAAUUCGGGACUUGAUGACACCACAAAUCGCGUUCGCUACAUCGACGCCAAUGUUUUACGUUCUCUGGACCGAUCGCGGCAAAAAGUAGCGAAAAUUGUUCCAGCUGACGAGGAAGAAGACGAAGAAACAGAAACUUUUAAGCCCACUGAGAGAGCAACUUCAGGAUUUUCGUAUUCGACGAUCAACCGACAACGUUCCCGAAGCACGGAAGCGCCUCAAGAAACCGCCGAUCAAACAACUUUGAAAUACAAAACGAUCGAACGCACGAGAACUGCUAGCACCGUCUUGCCAAUUCAAGAGGAAACGCAAAUUCCUGAUCGGGGCUUUGGUGAUUCGCGUUACAAGUACAUCGGGGAGGACAACGACGACGAUGACGAAGAAGAUUUUGUCGAAGCGGAAAUUAUUACGUCAAAGCCAACGUUGCAAUAUGCUUCAAUAAAUCGCGGAUCUGCGACAACAACAACAACGGAAGAGACAAAAACGGAAAUUCCUGAUGGGGAAAUUGAAACUGUGAAUCCAAAAGUGUCGGAAACAAUUUUUAUCGUGACAAAACCAUUCACAACAGAAACUCCGGCACCUGAAACUACAAAACGCGUGACCACAACUCGAGCAACGAGCACAAUUUCCGAGCGCCAAACAACUCGAACGCCUUCCCGACGUCGCAGUUCACGGCCUACUCGUCGUCAAACCCUGAAUUUGCUCGAAACGGAGGAAAAAACUGAAGAAAUUGAACCAAAACGACAAACAGCAAGUACUCGAACACGUCCUGGAUACCGCCAAUCGACCCGUACACGAACCGCAAGACCUCAAUUACUCACGGAAGAGACUUUUUCAAGUGAUAUUCAAUCGUCGACGGUUUAUGCGCCACGUCCCUUCAACCGAAAUCGCUUCAAUUCAGCAAAUAACAACAACGAGAUCCAAAAUGAUGAAGAUUUCCCCACAAGUCGUCCGUAUAACAUCCGUUCCAGUAGUCGGGGAACAGCGAGAUUCACCAAUCCAACGAUCAAUGCCUUGAGAAAUGCCAAUUUCAAGAGUAACAUUAACAAUAAAUACGUGAGACGAGGCCCGAGUAAGGCUUUUGGCGAUGGAAAUGACGAAGAAACGGUGGUUGAUGGCCAAAAUGAGGAAGAAAUUGAAGAAGUUGUGUCGCCCCGGACUAGUCAACGAACGAGAACGACAAGAAAACGUUUGUUACCGACAGCUACGAGCUCGACAACGACAGUUACGGAGCAAAAAGACGAUCAAGAACCACUUUCCAUACAAAAUUUCCUCGUGCCUGAUCGUGCGAUCAAUCCAAACAACCGUUUUACGUUAAGCGGCAAAUUUGGAUUCAACGGAAAAUCGACGCCGCGACCGAUAGUGGAUGAAGUUUUCGAUAUUGACACCGCUAAUCCCAAUUACAGCUCGAGUCCAAAGGCUUUCAGUUACGUAAGCACUGGAUUUGGUCAACCAACGGUCACUCCCUUCCCCAGCAAAGCUGAUAUCAACAAAGAUACCGUUAUUUUGACGCUCGGCGGGCAAUUAGCAGUUUCUUCUGCUGCUCAAAAUUCGCUGCAAAACCGAAUUAAUGAGGAACUAGCUAAAAUUAACGCUGGUAAAGUGAGUGAAGUUGCACCGGAAGACGAUUUAUUGGAUACAGUUGCUCCAUAUUCGGUUACAAUUUCAAAUAUUGAUGACGACGAAGUGCUUGGCAUUCAACAAAGAACCACUGUGAGUCCAAUUGCAGCUACCACACUUCGUCCCAGUCGUUUCCGAUCAUCGACGAGAGCGACAAUUGCCCCACAAGAGCCCGAAACAACCGAUAGACCAACCCGUCGUCGUCCUGCGAGUCGAUCCCGGACCGAAUCAACGACUGUUGUGGAUGAAAAUGUGAGAAGUUCGACACGCCGAGCUAAUAUUUACGAUCGCACAAGUCGAGGAUCCUCUACUUUGGCACCUACGGAGUUUUCGACGCCUGCAGCAACGACAGUUUUUGAUGAGCAAGAGGAGGAAGAGCAAAUCACGCAAACAAUCGCGCGUUUAUUGAGCACCGGAGUACCUUCGAAGUACACGAAACAAGAUUACACGACGAUUAGUGAGCAAUUUACGACAGAAGCUGUACCUACAACCGCUUUUGAGGAGGUUCAAACGACUUUUAGGCCUUCGAGACAGCAUUCGAGAGUGUCAACGACAACCACAACUGAGAGUCCGAGUUCGUCACGUGCUCGUCGCAUCAAAAAAAUCAGAUUAACAAGACCCACGAAGCAAACAGAGGACGUUGAAAAUGAUGUUCAAACCACAAGACGUCGAGUUACGGCGACAAGAAGUCGUUCGACGACAGAAACUCCGGUCCCAACAACGACAGGUGCUCCUAGAUUCGUAUCAAGAUCCAGAUCUCGCGGAACUGUGCGUCGAUUGGUGAAAAAACGCCCUCUGACGACAACAACUCGUACGACGCCCUUCACCGACGACAAGGACGACCUCUAUGAAGACGUUGAUUUAGACAUUAAUUUGGACAAUAACAUCCAGAAACAGUCCACGAGCAAAUUUUCCGAUCCGCAAGAGGUUUCGAGACCCACGAGACGCUUCCAGGUUAGCACCCGGGAACGUAACGAUGUCACCCGAAACGAAGUUCACGAAGAAAAAGUUGAAAUUCGACGACCUGUGUAUGCGACACGUACCCCAAUCACUCGUCCGCGCCCAAUUCCGUCGAGAACCACGGAAAGUUUACCGGAAAAUUACGGCGACGAAGACAACAGCAACGAAAGUGACGGAAUUUUAGACGAUGAUGACUUUACAGUUUCAAACAAAGAAAUCCUUAGUUCCAUUGGCAUUUCUCGUCCUACUUUACCGCAAAGACCGGCGCCAGCCCAGCGCCCUAGUUUACGUCCCGCAAGCCGAUUCAGUGUGAGACCGAGACCCGCAGAGAACGAAAAAGUCGAAAACGAGAACAAAGUCGAACAAAGAGUUUCAUCGAAAGCUCCUGCUUCGUAUCGUCGCAAGAGUAAUCGACCAGUUUUCGGGAGACAACAAACCAGCACGACCGAAACUCCCGUUCAGCUCGCUACGAAAGCGAAAAAUGCAAAUAUUUUCCAGCGUACCCGCGUUCGUAACUAUCCGGGACGGUUCAAGGCUCAAGGUGAAGACAAAAAAGACGCUGAAAAUGAAAUUGAAACGGUGACUGUUGGAGCUCAAACGACGUCCCAAGAUGAAGAUGACACCUUUACGACGCUAAUUGACGAGAUUGGAGGUCGUUUCACGAUCACGGAUGGCAAACUCACGACUCUCCGAGGUAAGAGGCCCUUCGAAACGACGCGAAUCGAAUCAGUUUCAACCACAACUCCGAAAUCCACGACGCUGAUGCACGUUUUUGCGAUCGACGAAGACGAAUUGACGACUCCCAAGCCGACAGAUCCGAGCGAACAAGCCGAAGAAAUUAGCAAACGUCUUGAGAAACUCGUCGAAAUCAACGUUAUCGAAGAGAUUAACACGCGCACUGAAAAACACAAGUACAACAAAAAAGCAAAAUCCGAAUCAGGCGAACGAACAAACUCGUCAGAGAUAAUUUUGGAGAAAUUACCGACAAAUCACAAAGUUGGCGAGAUAAGUCGACUUGCGGUGAUCAAAUUAAUGCACGGCACAACCGAAUCCGACGAGAAACGUUCGCGAAUUUUGUCCUCGGAUGCCAUUUUUAAGGUAGAAACUUCGACAAUUCCGCUCGAGAGACUUUUCGAGUUGGAACGCGAGGCAAAAGAACUGCUUGAGCGUCAAAAUGUGCCAAGUACGACGCUGGUUUAUCCCGCGGAAGAGACAAUUACGCCGGCGGCACUUGUCACAAAUACCGAAGUUGUGACGGAAUUGCCGCAAGAAAGCACGACAACGACACCUUCGACCACAACAACGACGACGACGACGACAGAGAAGCCAGUUCCAUCGUUAUUGAGUCUUCUGAGGCCCGACGAUACAGAUCCGCUCGUCAUCUCGAUAGCGAAUUUGGACAAAGUGACGUUGCAAAAAGUUGAGCCAACCAUAAUUACGUCGGGAGGAUAUUCGGCGACGGUUUUUAAAUUACUAAAAGCUCUAAAAAUGUUUAAAUUUGACUUCAAAGUCGAGGAGGAAGAACCCACGAGUGAAAAUAUCGAAGAACAACCAGAAACCCCAUCGACGAUAAUAACAUGGACGACUCCACAUUCUAUCCGACUUGCGAUCUGCUUCACAUCAAACAGGACACCGACGAUUUCCAGCAAGAAGUCGAAAUUUCCGACAUCGAAGACGACCUUCUCAACGCCAAGGACGACCUCGAAGACGACAAUUCCGUUUCUUUCAUCAUCACCGGCGACCACAGUUACAACAAGCCCAUUUUCGACACGCAAACGACACUCGUCGAACCGCUCUCACCCAUUUCCUCGACGUCAUCGAGAUCCGAUUACGGCUACGAGUCACAGAACUCGCCCAGCAGCAGUAUCGACGAGAUGCCAUUACUGAAUCUGGACGAAUUUGCGUUCUGGGAUGACUCGCUGACAGAACUCUUUCCGUCGCUUGCUUAAAAAGCUUUAAAAAAAUUUUUACUUAUAAUGAUCUAAAAGUCACAAAACACAAAAAAGUUUGGAAAUAUUAGGUUUUAAGUUGCCCCCCAUUUAUGUACCUACAAGAAUUUAAUUAUUUUUAUUAUUAAUUUAAUGACACAAUUUAUUACUUUUUGUCACAAGUCGCAUAGAAUGUAAGUUGUAAAAACAAGAUAUAUAUUUAUAAAUAUAACAAAAAAAAAAAAGAUUAAUUUUAAUCAUAAAUAUUUGAAUAUAUACGAAGCAUGUUAUUAUAAAA